AUGACUCGCAAGGCGAAGGAAGCGGCCACGCGGACGGCGACGUCCGCCGGCUCCACGUCCUUCAGCAACCCACUACAUGCUGACAAUAACAAAAGGGAGCUGGCGCUGCGGGGCGGGCCGCAGGUGGUGGCGGCCGGGCUCGUGGUGGCGGCACACGCCUGGUUCCUGUGGUACCUCCAGGCCGAGUACGAGGCCCUGCCGGACAAGUCCGACCUCGCCAGCGUCACGGACUACGUCGACCUGUGGGUGCCCAUUUUCCUCCUCUCCAUGUUCGCCGAGGCCGCAUGGGCCAAGUACAAGGAGGUCAGGCUCUACCGGGUCAACGACACGCUGAGCUCGCUCUCGCUCGGCGUGCUGUCCCUCCUCACCAAGAAGCUCGCCGCCAAGGCUCUGGCGUUCUUCCCCUACGUGUACGUGUGGGAGCAUUUCGCAGUCACGCGCGCCUUCGCCACCAACGGCGCGUUGGCCUGGUGGCUCAUGUUCGCGGGCAAGGAGUUCUCCUACUACUGUACGCCGUCGUCACCUCUCCCUAUUUUGCCGACGUCAACUGCGAACCCAGCGUUCGCUUAUACUCGGACCCACGCCCGUGGCGGUCACACCAUCGCCGCGUUCUGGGCCAUGCACAGCGUCCACCACUCCUCUGAGGAAUACAAUCUCGCCGCGGCCUUGCACUCCUCGGUGUCGUGGCUAUACGACCUGCCGCUGGCCCUGUUCUUCCCUCCCGCCCUGUUCGUCAUCCACUCACAGUUCAACCUCCUCUAUCAGUUCUGGAUUCACACCCCUGUGAUCGGCAAGCUGGGGCCGUUGGAGUACGUGCUCAACACGCCGUCGCAGCAUAGGGUGCACCACGGCAAGAACGUGUACUGCAUCGACAAGAACUACGGCGGCACCCUGUGCAUCUUCGACCGCCUGUUCGGCACCUUCCAGGAGGAGCUCGACCAGAUUCCGAUCGUGUACGGCGUGGUGCACCCGAUCAAUACGUUCAACCCGGUGGAGGCAAACGCCACCAAUUGGCGUUACAUCGGGGCUAACUUCCUGAACCUAAAGGGAUUGCGCAACAAGCUGGGCACGCUGUACUUCGGGCCGGGCUGGAUUCCCGGGGCCAGCUCGGGCACGGAGGAGUACCCGAUUCCGCCCACCUCGACCGAUUCCACCACCAAAUAUGACCCUCGCGUUCCUGCUGGGGUGUCGUGGUACAUCCUGGCGCAGUUCGGAUGGGCGCUCGUCCUGCUUACGGUUGCCAUUGAUCGGCUCUCUUCGACGCUCGGUCAUACAUCUCUGUUUUCGGCCUACAUCACCUGGACUCUGCUCAACAUCGGAGGCAUCAGCGACCGGAAAUCGUGGGCGUUUGCGUCGGAGGUCGUUCGGUUGGUGGCCCUCGUGCCGCUCGGCUCCUUUGCCGUCUCGCUAUGGGAUGAGAGUGCGGACUUGGGUCAAUGGGCGGCCGGCUUUGCGGCGUGGUCGAUCGUCUCGGCACUCUACCUAUUCGCCUUCCGGGCCGGCCUGGCGCGACCACUUAAGCCCGCGGAGUUGGGACGCACCAAUCGAAAACAAGCACUUAUUGACCAGACCGAACAGCACCGCCUCGCGCUUCGGGCAUGUCGAGGCCGACCAUGCCCAGCCAUCAUGCCCUCCAGCUAG